AUGGCUUCGACUAUGCUGGGCACCUCAGACGUGCCAGAGAAUUAUUGGAAGGCAGCCAGGCUUACCGGCAAGAUACCCUUUUCCGCAUGCCAGGCAGAUCCCCGGAUCUCAUACUGCAUGUACAUCCCUCAAGCACACUACCAGGUGCAUCCCGCCGGGAAGAACAUGCCUCUGGUAGUCAAUAUCCGCGGCAGCUUGCGGCGAGCGGAAACCUGUCGAGACUCUCUUAUCGACCUGGCCGACUCAAAGGGAGUCGCGAUCCUUGCGCCUCUGUUUCCCGGCGUGAUCGAUGGCCCAAACGACUCGCACGGGUACAAGUUCCUCUCCGCUGGUAGCGCACCUAGUCGGACCCGCUACGACCUUAUUCUCCUAUCCAUCCUCGAUGAGGUCGCUGUUCGCUGGCCUGGAAUCGAGGUUUCCAAGGUCUUUCUAGCCGGCUACUCUGGAGGAGGUCAAUUCGCCCUGCGAUUCUUCUAUCUACACCCCGAGAAGCUCGCAGGCGUUUCAAUCGGCGCUCCUGGAACGGUCACCCGCCUGGACGGGAGGAUUGCGUGGCCCUGGGGUCUCGAUGGUGUGGAGAAGUACUUCGCGGGCGGGACUGUGGAUUUCAAAACCUUGGCGGCUGUUCCGCAUGUUCAGUUGCUCGUUGGCGACGAUGAUGUGGCUGAAGUCAAUGAGGGUCUAUGGCGUGUCAUGCCGGCAUCAACGAUGGGGGUUGAGAUACCUCUGCCCCCGGGCAAUCUAUCAAAUAGACUGGACGCUGUGAGUGCACUGCACGGAGAGUUCGAGGCCAUUGGCAUCAGGUCAGAAUUAGUCGUUGUGCCAGGAGUUGCUCACAGUUCGGAUAAGAUCGCACCGGAUUUGAUUCGAUGGCUUGAGCGCGUGGUACCAGAGCAGGUGGCGACGUAG